UUUUUCAUACUGAUCAUGCCACAAUUCUUUUCUCUUUCCACAUGGGAAGCGUGCGAUCCAGCAAAUGAAACAAAAGAGCAUGGUGUGAAUGAAAAAGGAGUGACAUAUUCAGAUGGAAAAGACAUCACUGAAUAUUUUGGUGCCCUGAAAAAGGAAGGAAGAAAACAGCCAAUUCAAGGAAGAUGUAAUUCUGGUCCUUUCCAGGAUGACGAUUCACAAAAAACUGAACUAUUUGAUAACAUUUAUGAGAAAUACAAUACGAAUGAGGACGCUGCAACUGGGGAAACGCUUUCUGAAAAAUCGGAUAAAAAUGUUAACUGCAGUGACCAGACCAGACUGAAAAUAUUUGAAUCCUUGAAAUGUGCGAAGAGAUUUGUGCAGGAAAAAAAGAUAAUUUCUCAUAAAAAAACUCACAUUGUGGACGCCAACUAUCAAUACUCGGAUGGUGGAAAAAGAUUCAGCAACAGUGGAAGCCUUAUUUCCCAUCAAAUUUCCACAGGGCAGAAGUCAUAUAAAUGCCUAGAGUGUGGAGUAGCCUUCAAGCACAGUGCCAGCCUCACUUCCCAUCAAAGAAUUCACAUAAGGGAGAAACCAUAUAAAUGCCUGGAGUGUGGAAAAGUGUUCAGUCAAAGAGCACAACUUUCUUCCCAUCAAAGAAUUCACACAGGGGAGAAACCAUACAAAUGCCUCGAGUGUGGAAAAGCCUUUAGCCACAGUACAGGUCUUACUUUACAUCGGAGAAUUCACACAGGGGAGAAACCAUACAAAUGCAUGGAGUGUGGAAAAGCCUUCAGUCACAGAGGAAGCCUUACUUCCCAUCAAAGAAUUCAUUCAGGGCAGAAACCGUAUAAAUGCCUGGAGUGUGGAAAAGAGUUCAGUCAGAGUUCAAAUCUUAAUUCCCAUCGACGAAUUCACACAGGGGAGAAAUCAUAUCAAUGCCAGGAGUGUGGAAAAGCCUUCAGUCAGAGAGUACAUCUUACUUCCCAUCAGAGAAUUCACACAGGGGAGAAACCAUACAAAUGCCUCCAGUGUGGAAAAGCCUUUAGUCACAGCACAGGUCUUACUUUACAUCAGAGAAUUCACACAGGGGAGAAACCAUACAAAUGCCUCAAGUGUGGAAAAGGCUUCAGUGAGAGUGGAAGCCUUACGUCCCAUCAAAGGAUUCACACAGGGGAGAAACCAUACGAAUGCCUCGAGUGUGGAAAAAGCUUCAGUCACAGCACCGGUCUUACUUCACAUCAAAAAAUUCACACAGGAGAGAAACCAUACAAAUGCGUGGAGUGUGGAAAAGCCUUCAGUCAUAGCACAAGUCUCACUUCACAUCAGAGAAUUCACACAGGGGAGAAACCAUACAAAUGCCUUGAGUGUGGAAAGAUCUUCAGUAACAGCAAAAGUCUUACUUUACAUCUAAGAAUUCACACAGGGGAGAAACCAUACAAAUGCCUCGAGUGUGGAAAACACUUCACUCAGAGUGUGAAUCUCACUAGUCAUCAGAGAAUUCACACAGGGGAGAAACCAUACAAAUGCGUGGAGUGUGGAAAAGCCUUCAGUCAAAGCAAAAGUCUCACUUCACAUCAGAGAAUUCACACAGGGUAGAAACCGUAUAAAUGCAAGGAGUGUGGAAAAGCCUUAAGUAAGGGUGGAAACCUUAUUUCCCAUCAAAGAAUUCAUUCAAGGCAGAAACCAUAAAAACUACAGGAGUAUGGAAUAACCUUCAGGCUCUCCUCACUUUCCAUCAUAGAAUUCACAGAAGGGAAAAAUGAUAUCAUUACUUGGUGUGUGGAAAAAAAUUCAGUGAGAGUGGACACUAUACUUCUCAUUAAAAAUUCACACAGGGAAGGAGCCUCGAAUGUAGAAAAGGCUUCUCUCACAGGACAAACCUUACUUCCCAUAAAAGAAUUUGUGCAGGGUUGUUUGUGCAGGGACAUCCCUUCAAAUGUUUUAACAUGGCUAACAUGUCAUCACCCACCCACCCUUUAUCCUUCUCAUUUCCAGACUAACCAUACCCAGCUCCCUAAAUCUUUCCUCAUAGGGCAUGGAUUCUAGACCUUUUACCAUUUUGGUCACCCUCCUCUGGAAACACGCCAAUAUUUUUCUUGCAUUGUGGUUGCAUUGUGUUCUCCAGGUGAGAUCAGACUAAUGCAGAAUAGAGUAGUAACAUUUCUUCCUACAGAUCCAACCCAUAAUGCUGAUUAAGGAAGGUAUGGAAAUCUGGUCAGCCUUUUAUGCAUUGACCACACAUUUCAAUGGAGCUCACAGAACAGGGCCUCCCUGAUUAAUUCCAUCCUGUUGUGGGCCAGAUCCUUUUGUCACCCCAAAACGACGAACCCAUGGGCCGCAAGAUCUGCUCUCCCCCAUCCGACUCAUUGCAGAGCCUGGCAAGGACGUAGGUAAGGGGGGUUCUCAGGUUCAAAACCCGCCAUUACAUGUCCAAAGCUCCGCCCCCCGUUUGUGUUUUUUUGUGUAUUUUUUUAGUGUUUGGU